UUCAGUUGAACAAUCAUGGGACAUGAAGUUCAACAAGGCGAAAACACAAAUGGCGCAGCGGCAGGUGGCAAACAAGAUGGGUUCAACGGUGAAGUGUAUAAAGCCAGGCAGUUCAAGAGUUCUUUGGGCACCAUGUCUUCAGCUUCGUUAGUUAAGAGCUUCAACCUCACCUCCUCCGCGUCCUCCGCCCUCUCUCCUGCUAGCAGCAGGAAACCUAGUUGUAUUUCUGCCAGGAUCAGCACUUCUUCUUCUUCUAGAUCUCCUCCUCCAAACCUUAUCCAAAACAAGCCUGUUAACUCCGUUCCUGCUAUCACUCGGAAAGAAGAAAUGGCAAAGGAGUACGAAGAGGCCAUUGCAUCUCUGCAGAAACUUCUCAGUGAGAAGGAGGAGCUGAGAGCUGAAGCGGCUGCGAAGGUGGAGCAGGUUACAGCCGAGCUGGCGACAGCUGAGGCCGGCGGCGCCACCAAGCCUUAUGACGCCGCUGAGAGGCUCAAGAGCGGCUACAUUCACUUCAAGAAGGAGAAAUACGACAAGAAUCCAGCUCUGUACGGUGAACUUGCCAAGGGACAAUGGCCCAAGUUUAUGCUGUUUGCUUGCUCGGAUUCUCGAGUUUGCCCAUCACAUGUUCUGGAUAUGCAGCCAGGAGAGGCUUUUGUUGUCCGCACAGUUGCUAACUUGGUCCCACCGUAUGAUAAGGUUAAAUACGCUGGAACUGGGGCGGCCGUUGAGUAUGCUGUCUUGCAUCUCAAGGUUUCAUACAUAGUGGUGAUUGGGCACAGCGCCUGUGGAGGAAUCAAGGCACUCCUGUCUAUUCCAGAAGAUGGGUCGACCCUCGGCACUGACUUCAUAGAAGACUGGAUUGGUAUCGGAUCGCCGGCAGCGAAGAAGGUGAAGGCAGAUCGCGGUGCUGAUAGUCCUUUCCCUGAACUAUGCGGUCAUUGCGAAAAGGAGGCGGUGAAUGUAUCGAUCGGAAACCUGCUGAGCUAUCCGUUUGUAAGAGAGGGUUUGCUGAAGAAAACCCUAGCAAUCAAGGGAGGAUACUAUGACUUUGUCAAUGGACAUUUUGAGCUCUGGGAUGUUGAUUUCAGCCUCAACCCCACCUUCUCCGUAUGAUCGUUAAGGAGGUGGCUACCGUACUGCACUGGAAGCUCUAGGGCAUUUGAGAGAGACAAGUGAUGAUUACGUACAAAUUUAAGCCACUAAUUUCGUUUCAAGAGUUGAAUGUUAUAAUCUUCAUCCAUAUCCCAAGUUCUCCAUAAUAUUUCUACCUAGCUUUUGGGUUAUUCUAUUUA